AUGUCCUUCGCCGCAGUUUGUCGCAGCUUGUUAUCGGGCCUGGCGUACCUCGUGCAAUCCGCCUGCCGCAAUGUAACCAGCAUCUUCGCCGGUAGCACCCUCGCAAUCGCUAUCUCUCGCAUAUACCGGGCUACUUUGCGCUCUCGUUUUAGUGCCGUCACGCUUGUGCUCGUGGGCGGUAUUAUCUGGAUCGCCUGUAGCAAUAAGGCCGUGAGCGUGUCUCUACAUGGCCGUUCCCCGAUCUCCAUCCUUGUCGUCAGCCCCUUCAGCAUUUCAACGUUCCCCAUGCCUACUAUCCUCCAACUAGAGGAAAUGCGUGCUCAGAUCGUCAGUCUCAAUGCGACACUUGCCCGCCUUCAACAGGCCCAGAGCAACCGCGAUCUCGAUAGCGUGGGCAAGGCAGACUUUGCCCUCUAUUCCGCAGGCGCGAAGAUCAUCUCGUCCUACACCUCGCAGACCCUCCGCUCUGCACUUCCCCAAUCGGACCUAUGGCCGACUGGCCCUACCAUGGCGCUGCAUCACGAGACACAUGCCGGGUACUGCUGGCCGUUCAGCGGACAGCAAGGGCGUAUUGGCAUAGAGCUUACCCACCGCAUCUUGCUCGAAAGUGUGACGAUAGAGCAUCUCCCUGGGGCCCUCUCGCUCGAUCGCACCUCAGCUCCAAAGCAUAUGUCCGUUUGGGGCUUGGUUGAGGGCACCGAUAACCUUCACCGCGCCAUCACUUGGCAGGAGCGCGGGAGGGUACUAGGUCGGCGCAAGCACUUCGCUCUCGAGCUCGGCGACCACCCACCCGAUGUACAACGCUUGCUGAAGGCGUCGCGGUGGGCUCCCAUCGCCAGUUUUGUAUACGACAUCAAUGCUCCCAGCGCUGUACAGUCAUUCACUGUUGAUGACGAUGUGCCUGCUCUGGACGUAGACUUCAAGACGGUACUGCUGCUCAUCCAUGACAACUGGGGGAAUGAAGACACCACUUGCUUGUACCGAGUUCGCGUUCACGGCCGGCCGGCGGCGAUGAGAGACUGA